AUGGAGCGAAACAUUGACAUAUACGCCAGCAAGCUGGGGGAUGAGAAGCUGGACGUGAAAGUCAGAGCCAAUGUCGCAACUGAGCUGCGAGACAAUAUUGAGCCAUUGUGCUCGGGCGCAAGCUACCCCAUCUUCCUGGCCAAGCUGUGGCCGGUAUUCAAGUCCAUCUUGAAGGGAGAUCCGGUCUUUUUAAAUCUUUCAUAUGACCAAAAGACCCUGGAGCUAAUGAUACCUGUCUCGACCCAGAAACUCCGAAAUUGUAUCCUUGAGACUCUCCACCGCCUACCAAUGGCUUCUCCCGACGUGGAGCCGUACGCUGCAGACAUGGUCGACCUGCUGAUGGAUUUGGCGCGCAUCGAGAACGAAGAUAAUGCUGUUCUGUGCAUGAAGACCAUCAUGGAUUUGGAACGAAACCAAGCCAAGGCAACGGCGACACGAGUGCAACCAUUCCUCGACCUGAUCCAAGAGAUGUUUCAAACCAUGGAACAGGUGGUUCGCGACACCUUCGACACUCCCAAUCAGUCGACACCUUCUGGAAUGCCGUCGACACCAAACGCUACCGCCCAGAACUUUCAGUCGCCCCGGCCAAGCUCGCCGGCUACAUCGGUGUCAGACCUGGGACCCGAUCAGCAAGCGAGUAAUGUCAUUCUCAAAGGCAUGCAGUCAUUCAAGGUGUUGGCAGAGUGCCCCAUUAUCGUUGUUUCGAUCUUUCAGACACACCGAGCCUCGGUCCAAACCAACGUGAAGCUCUUUGUGCCGCUUAUCAAGACCAUUUUGCUUCUGCAAGCGAAGCCGCAGGAGAAAGCCCACACCGAGGCAGCUGCGCAAGGCACGAUAUUCACGGGCGUGUGCAAGGAAAUCAAGAACCGGGCCGCUUUCGGGGAGUUUAUCACUGCCCAAGUGAAGACUAUGAGCUUUUUGGCGUAUUUAUUGCGUCUGUAUGCUCAUCAACUUCAGGAUUUUCUUCCCACACUCCCGUCCGUUGUCGUGCGGCUGCUCCAGGACUGCCCCCGGGAGAAGUCGGGCGCGAGGAAGGAGUUGCUGGUCGCCAUUCGUCACAUCAUCAAUUUCAACUACCGCAAGAUUUUUCUAGAGAAGAUUGACGAGCUCCUGGAUGAGCGGACCCUCAUUGGCGAUGGGCUGACUGUCUAUGAGACCAUGAGACCACUGGCUUAUAGCAUGCUUGCCGAUCUCAUCCAUCAUGUGCGCGAUUACCUCAGUCGUGAUCAGAUCCGGCGAACGGUUGAGGUCUACACCAAGAACCUGCACGACGACUUCCCUGGUACAAGCUUCCAGACAAUGAGCGCCAAAUUGCUCUUGAACAUGGCGGAGCGGAUUGCCAAACUGGAGGACAAGCAAGAGGCCCGUUAUUUCCUGAUCAUGAUCCUGGAUGCAAUCGGCGAUAAAUUUGCAUCCAUGAACCACCAGUUCAACAACGCCGUGAAGGUAUCCAUGACCUACAAAGCGUCUCGGAAGGACAUCGAGCCACAUGCAGAGUCAUACUUGGCCGAGAAGGAUCACCCGCCGGACUGGGAUGAAAUCGACAUCUUCUCUGCUUCUCCAAUCAAGACCUCCAGUCCUCGAGAUCGUGGUGGAGACCCCGUUUCGGACAACAUCUUCCUCUUCCGAAACCUCAUCAAUGGGUUGAAGAAUAUCUUCCAUCAACUGAAGAAUUGCAAUCCAGAUGACAUUCAAAUCGAUCCCAGCAACGUCCCCAUCAACUGGUCUGAAGUUUCCUAUGGAUACGAUGCCGAAGAGGUUCGAGUGAUCAAGAAGCUGUUUCACGAAGGCGCCCGCGUGUUCCGUUACUAUGGCGUGGACCAAUCUCCUCCCGAAAUGAACUAUUCUUCCCCAUUUGACUUUCUUGCGAGUCAGUAUACGGCACCAAUGUCUCGAGAAGAAAAGGAGCUUUUGGAAAGCUUCGGCACCGUCUUCCAUUGCAUUGAUACGGCGACGUUCCAUGAGGUGUUCCACUCGGAGAUCCCGUACCUACACGAGCUCAUGUUUGAACAUGGCUCUCUUCUUCACCUGCCACAGUUUUUUCUGGCCAGCGAGGCGACUUCCCCGGCAUUUUCAGGUAUGGUGCUGCAGUACCUCAUGGAGCGGAUCCACGAGGUUGGUACCUCGGACAUGACGAAGGCAAAGAUUUUAUUGCGGAUGUUCAAGCUCUCGUUCAUGGCUGUGACACUAUUCUCCGUACAAAAUGAACAAGUACUCCACCCGCAUGUCACCAAGAUCGUUACCAAGUGCAUAGAGUUAUCGGUCACCGCUGAGGAGCCCAUGAACUACUUCCUGCUCCUGCGAUCCCUUUUCCGCAGCAUCGGUGGUGGUCGGUUUGAGUUGUUGUACAAGGAGAUUCUUCCCCUCUUGGAGAUGCUCCUCGAAACAUUCAACAACUUGUUGAUGGCAGCUCAGAAGCCGCAGGAGCGGGAUCUCUAUGUCGAGCUUACUCUCACUGUACCGGCACGGCUCAGCCAUCUCCUGCCCCAUCUGAGUUACUUGAUGCGUCCGAUUGUGGUGGCCUUGCGUGCCGACUCGGACCUUGUUGGCCAGGGGCUACGCACUCUUGAGCUUUGCGUGGACAACUUGACAGCAGACUACCUUGAUCCUAUCAUGGCCCCGAUCAUGGAUGAGCUGAUGACUGCACUCUGGGACCAUCUGCGCCCUCAUCCCUAUAACCACUUCCACGCACAUACCACAAUGCGCAUUCUCGGCAAGUUGGGCGGACGCAAUCGGAAGUUCCUCAACCAUCCGCCUGAGCUGUCAUUUCAGCAGUUCGCCGAUGACAACGCCAGUUUUGACAUUCGGCUAAUUGGGCCGAGUGAGAAGUGCCCUUUCCCCGCGGACAUUGGCAUUGAUCUUGCUUUUGGCAAGCUUAUGGAAGUACCAAAAUCUUCUGCGGCAAAGGAUUCAGAUGUUUACUACAAGCAGCAGGCAUAUCGCAUGCUCAGCUCCCAUCUCAAGCUUCAGAUUGGCUACGACAAUCUUCCAGAUGACCUAGCCUCUUUGAUCCGGCUCCACGCAAAUGAUCUUUUUGAGAGUAAGGCCGGCGCCAUGACCGAUAUUCUCGAUAAGUCAGAGCGGUCAGCGUCUAUUCCGAAAAAGGUGGCACAGGAAGCCACUGUCAAGAAGCUCCUCAAAGCUUGCAUCUUUGCAACCGCCAUUCCUGACCUCGAGUCCGCCGCGAAAGCUUUCAUGGCGGAUGUUUGCAAACACUUUACCAUCAUGGAAGUUGGUCGUGCGCUUGCCCAGGCCCGGCACAAUCGCAAGCCUUUUGAUGUGGCAAAUGGAGAAGGACCUGUCCAUCUUGAUUCUCGCAUUCUUGCCGAAGCUAUCGUUGAGAGCCUUUCCUCUGAUAAUAUCCAUGUUCGGGAAGCUGCCGAGCAAGCCAUGUUGGUUGUUAGGGACGCGGCGAGUGUCAUCUUUGGCAGUCCAGAGAAGGCUUCCAAGCUUCCAUUUUUCCAGCACCUGGGCCGUGUCUUCUGCCACAGCUGCCAUAGCGAGGAGUGGUUUACUAAAGCGGGUGGCAGCUUGGGGAUCAACCUCCUUGCUACAAAGCUGGGUUUGGGAGAGUCUUGGCUUUAUGAGCGACAUGUUGAGUUUUCUCGAGCCUUGAUGUAUGUAAUUAAGGAUACGCCUUCGGAUCUGCCUGCUUCUACACGAAUCCAAUCGCAGGACACGAUGGCACUAAUCCUACGGCGAUGCGGCAAGCUUAUACCAAAGGAUGACCUCAAGAACGAGAAGAGCCGCCUGUUCGCCUUGUGUGGCUUCUUCGUUUAUGAACUUGGUCAUAUGAACAAGCAUGUCCGGGAAACCUCUCGUCGUUGCUUCACCACACUCAAGGAGGAAUUGGGUUGCGAGGUACAUGAGCUCAUUUAUCCUGUCAGAGAUCGCCUUCUACAGUCGAUUUUCAACAAACCCUUGCGUGCCUUGCCAUUCCCGACGCAGAUUGGCUUCAUCGAUGCCAUCACAUACUGCCUGAGCCUGCACAAUGACAUUGUCACGUUCAACGAGCCCCUCAAUCGACUCAUGUUGGAAUCUCUUGCUCUUGCCGAUGCGGAUGAUGAAUCGCUUGCAUCCAAGCCAAAUGAGUUCAAGAACGCCGACAUGAUCGUGAACCUGCGCGUCGCUUGCUUGCGACUUUUGUCCAUGGCAAUGAACUUCGCCGAGUUCGCCAACAACCCGCAGAACACGAGUCGUGCCCGGAUUAUUUCCGUCUUCUUUAAGACGCUGUACUCCCGAGCCCCCGAGGUGAUUGAGGCUGCGAAUGCCGGUUUAAAGGAUGUCCUCACACAGACCAACAAGCUCCCCAAGGACUUGCUGCAGAACGGGUUGCGGCCAAUCCUGAUGAACCUGCAAGAUCCCAAACGCCUGAGCGUCGCAGGCCUUGAUGGGCUUGCUCGGCUUUUGACGCUUCUCACGAACUACUUCAAGGUUGAAAUUGGCGCGCGUUUACUCGAUCAUAUGAAGGUCAUCGCGGAUGAUAGCCACUUGCAGAAAGUAUCGUUCAGCCUCGUGGAACAGAACCCGCCCAUGAAAAUCGUGGCUGCGAUUUUCAAUAUUUUCCACCUCCUCCCCCCCGCUGCAACAUCCUUCAUGGAGCACCUUAUCAACAAGGUCCUCGAACUCGAAAUGAAGUUGCGGAGAACCUCCCACAGCCCCUUCCGAAAGCCUCUCGUCAAGUAUCUCAAUCGCUAUCCCAAGGAGGCUUUGAUAUUCUUUUACGCACGCUUCAAGGAUGUGCGCUAUGGCCGUUUUUUUGGUCAAAUUUUGGCUGAUCCUGAGAGUGAAGCACUGCGGAAUGCUGUGGUGGCAGACACCGAAGGAUUCUCGUCAACUGCCUUCGGCCAGGAUUCCACCGAUGGCAAAAAUACAACCGCUAUCAAUGGAAUCUACGUCGCACACUCACUCUGCUCCUACAAAUCCACGAAGCGUUGGCUGGUGUCACAUGCGGAUUUGCGGACCAAACUUUUGACCUCUGGUAGAGAUUUGGUGCGCAAGCUUCGCGGCGAUACGUUGCCGACCGAUGAGCGAUUGAGGGUAGAACAGGCUGAAGACCAGCUUAUGGAUGUCUUCACCACUUACCUGGGCGAGGCGGCACACGAUCUGGACUUUCUUUUUGAGGUCAUUGAUGGGCUGUCUGCGGAUGAGCUGAAGCGCACGCUGGCGCUUCCCAAAUUCAUCUAUCGACAUAUCAUCACGAAUGAGUCGAUUGACUACCGACGUUCAGUCAUCAUGCGCUGCCUCGAUCUUUACGGCCAACGAGCCUGCUCGCAGAGAACCAAGACCUAUGCGUUCCGAAAUUUGGUCAAUCCUAUUUUCGCAAUGGAUGUCCAGUCCACAUGGCACAACCCAUCUCAAACUCCCAAGCUUAUGGACAAGAGUAUGACCGAGUCUAUCCAAAGCCGCUUGUGGAAGCCUCAAUUAGCCGACCUGAGUGAGGAAUCCAACCAAGCCGGCGUCGACCAUUCCCGCAUGGAGUUGCUCCAGUUGUCCGCCCUGUUGAUCAAAUACCACCAUCAAACCGUGCAAGACUCCCGCAAGGACAUCAUCAAAUUUGCUUGGAACUACAUUCGCCUCGAAGACAUCAUCAAUAAAUACGGCGCCUACGUCCUGAUCAGUUACUUCAUCGCUCACUACGAGACACCCUUCAAGAUUGUCAUCCAGGUCUAUGUUGCACUUCUCAGGGCCCAUCAGAACGAAGGCAGAGCCCUUGUCACGCAGGCUCUUGAUGUCUUAGCCCCUGUUCUGCCCACAAGAACAGGCGGCAGCCAAGGAGCAGAAGCACGGUAUCCCUUGUGGGCCAAAUGGCCCCGCCGUAUCUUGGCUGAGGAAACCGCCAACCUACAGCAGGUAAUGAGCAUUUUCCAGUUUUUGGUACGACAGCCAGAUCUAUUCUACGAGUCCAGAGAGCAUUUCGUGCCUCUCAUUGUCCCAUCCCUUAUCAAGAUCGCCGGACCGCCAAACACAACCAACGACAGCAAGAAGCUUGCACUCAACCUUAUUGGACUGAUUUGGCAUUGGGAAGAAAAGCGGGCCAAGGCUACGGAUUCUAAUGUUCCUGUGUCCAAUGGAGCCAUUGAGUCGCCAAAUGCAAAGAAGCGCAAGCUGGACGAGGCCCAAGCGACGUCAGCUUCUCCAUCUCCUGCUCUUGCACCCCCAAGCAGCAGAGAGCGGUCUGAUUACACGGUGCCUCCUGAUCUCCGCGCGGCCUUGAUCAAAUAUCUCAUCACUUUCAUUACCACAAUCCCAGAACGCUUCUUGGUCCCAGCUGCCCAGCUUCGCCCACCACCUUUGUCCAAGCAGCAGCCACCUGUGCCUACCGGCGAGAUGAUCAACAAAGCCAUGCACCUGCUCCGAAGUCUCCUUUCGCCUGAAUACUGGGGUGAUCUUGAUAUAGACCUCUACCAGAAGGUGACGGAGCCCAUCCUGACAGGCGACAAAGCAGACAAGCCCGAUGAGAAGCAGAUCACGUCGAUGAUCAAUGCCCUCCAGGUCUUGCGGGUGCUCCUGGCUACCAAGCCGGAUGAGUGGAUCACAAAUCGUCUUUCGACUAUCCAGAAGCUAUUGGAGAAGCCUUUGAAAUCCGAUAGUCCCGAGAUCCAAGAUUGCUUGCAUGGCUUGGAGGAUGAGAUGGAUGUCUCUGCCAAGUUGCCGGCCCCAGUUCGUCGGGUUCUUGAGGCCAUCCCAGAUGACCAGCCCGAUGAUGAGGAUGCGAUGGACACCGAAGGUUCGCCCUCCGAGUUUGCUACGUAUCUGUCUGCAAUCGCCACAGAAACGCUUUCCGCCAGCAACCAUGUGUCCAGUCUGAACACCUUGUGGACACUGUCCAAGAUCAAGCCUGCUGAGAUCGAUGCACACAUUCCCACAGUGAUGAAGGCGUUCUCCCAGAAACUUGCCAAGGAACACGUCGCGGCCUCGGCCAACCAGAGUGGCGCGCAAUACCAACAGGGUGCAAAGCCUACCGAAGCUGUUCCGGACCAGCAGGAGUUCGAACUGGGCGUUGACCUUAUUUUCAAGACGAUUGAGCUGAUCUCCGUGCGCAUGUCUCAUCUCGGGGAUCAACGUCGUCCGUUCCUCAGUGUUUUGGCGUCUAUUGUUGAACGGUCACACAAUAUCAAGCUGUGCAGCAAAGUGUUGGGCAUGGCUGAGUCCUGGAUUUUCCAUUCCACCGAGUCAUGGCCCACGUUGAAGGAGAAGACCGCAGUCCUCCACAAGAUGUUGCUCUUUGAAUCACGGCCGGACCCGACAAUGCUGAAGAAAUUCCUUGACCUUGUGAUUCGAAUCUACGAGGACUCCAAGAUCACUCGCACCGAGUUGACUGUCCGGCUAGAACACGCAUUCUUGAUUGGUGCAAGAGCUCAAGAUGUCGAGAUGCGUAAUCGCUUCAUGCAAAUCUUCGACCGCAGUUUGACACGUCUGGCUAGUUCGCGGCUCAGCUAUGUGCUCACCUGCCAGAAUUGGGACACACUUGCUGAUUCGUUCUGGCUUGCCCAGGCGUCUCAUCUUGUGCUUGGAUGUGUCGACAUGAACACCACUGCUCGCCUUCAUCCGGACGAUUUCACCUUGUAUCCUUUGUCGUUUCUCUUUGCUGCAGGCGAGAAGGAUUCGAGAAAGUCGGAUGUCAUGGUUGACAAUCAGCUGGAGACCUUGGUUGCAGAAUGCAAGCGGUUCAUGUCAGACAUUGGGGAUGUCAGGGUUCGCGACUUGAUUGAACCCUUGUGUCAACUCCAACAUACCGAUUCCAACGUCGCCUAUAAGCUGUGGACCACCCUCUUCCCCAUUUACUGGUCGACAUUGACAAAGGAGGAUCGCAUUGAUUUGGAGAAGGGCAUGGUGACCUUGAUUACGCGGGAAUACCAUCAGAGACAAGUGGACAAGCGGCCCAACGUAGUGCAGGCCCUUCUCGAGGGCACUGUGCGCGCCAGCCCGCGGUUCAAGAUUCCUCCCCAUGUCAUGAAAUACCUCAGUCGCACCUACGAUGCUUGGUACACUGCUGCCACGUACUUGGAAGAGACCGCCAUAAACCCCAUCAUUGACACGCCUACCGUCCGUGAAAGCAAUCUUGAUGCCUUGGUUGAGGUGUACGCGGGACUACAGGAAGACGAUUUCUUCUACGGUACCUGGCGACGCCGCUGCAAGUUUGUUGAAACCAAUGCAGCGCUCUCAUAUGAGCAACAGGGUAUGUGGGACAAGUCUCAGCAGCUCUACGAGAAUGCGCAGAUCAAGGCUCGUUCGGGAGCCAUGCCGUUCUCGCAAGGCGAGUACUUCGUCUGGGAGGACCACUGGUUGAUUUGCGCGCAAAAGCUUCAACAGUGGGAGAUUCUCAGUGAUUUCGCCAAGCACGAGAACCUGAAUGACCUCUUGCUGGAGGCCGCUUGGAGGAACAUCGAGAACUGGCAGAGCGAGGGUAAUCGUGAGCAGCUUGAGUCAUUGAUAAAAUCCGUCUCCGACGCUCCUACGCCGCGACGCACCUUUUUCCAGGCUUUCAUGGCUCUCCUUCAAUAUCAUAUGAAGGAGAACAUCCAGGACUUCAAUAGUGUUUGCGACGAGUCCAUCCAGCUUUCUAUCCGCAAGUGGCUGCAGUUGCCCAAGCGAAUCACGAAUGCCCACAUUCCGAUCCUGCAGCAUUUUCAGCUUCUGGUUGAGUUGCAUGACGCGAGCCACAUUUGCGGCAGCCUGUCUCAAACAAAUGAAAGGAACCUGGACACCAAGUCUGCGGAGCUGAAGCUUCUCCUUGGAACCUGGCGGGACCGGCUGCCCAAUCUCUGGGAUGACAUCAAUACCUGGCAAGAUCUAGUUACUUGGCGGCAGCACAUCUUCCAGCUCAUCAACGCUACCUACCUCAAUCUCCUCCCUCCCCAGACGAACAAUGUGGCUAGCAAUUCAUAUGCCUACCGCGGAUAUCAUGAGACGGCAUGGAUCAUCAAUCGCUUUGCCCAUGUGGCCCGAAAGCACCAAAUGCCGGAGGUUUGCAUCAACCAGCUCAGCCGGAUCUACACUCUGCCCAACAUCGAAAUCCAAGAGGCGUUCUUGAAACUGCGGGAGCAGGCCAAAUGCCACUAUCAGAACCCGAAGGAGCUCAACAGCGGGUUGGAUGUGAUCAACAACACCAACCUCAACUAUUUCGGACCCCAGCAGAAAGCUGAGUUCUAUACCCUGAAGGGCAUGUUCCUUGCCAAGCUUGACUAUGUCAAUGAGGCCAAUGAGGCGUUUGGCGUCGCUCUCUACUACGACCUCCGGCUCGCCAAGGCGUGGUCCGAGUGGGGACAGUACAGCGACCAGCGGUUCAAGGCGGAUUCGACCGACUAUGAGUUGGCUAGCAAUGCCGUCAGCUGCUAUUUGGAAGCUGCCGGCCUCUACAAGAGUGCUAAAUCCCGGAAGCUGCUCAGCCGUAUCCUCUGGCUUCUUAGCCUGGACAAUGAUGAAGGGCGCAUCGCAAGUGCCUUCGAGAGCUUCAAGGGAGAUACGCCCGUUUGGUACUGGAUAACUUUCAUCCCGCAGCUCCUGACCAGCCUGUCACAUCGCGAGGCUCGCCUGUGCAAGGCUGUGCUCGUGAAGAUCGCCAAAUUGUACCCACAGGCGCUCUUCUUCUUGCUCCGCACCAACCGAGAGGACAUGUUGAGCAUUAAGAAACAGCAUGACCAAAAGCAGGAGAAGUUGAACCGUGCCAGACAACAACAGCAGGGCUCUUCGCCCAAUAUGAAGACUCCUGCGACUGGCGAUGGGUCUCCUGCCCAGAAGGGGCAGGCUGGUGUUCCAGCUCCCAGCGCUUCCCCGGCCGGCCAGCCUGCCACUUCACCGGCUACGCAGACACCCGGCCAGGCGCAACAAUCGCAAAGCCAGUCUCCCGCCCAGCCUCAAGGUCAAGUGCAAGCAUCUCCACGACAAGGACAAGGUCAAAGUCCCAACCAAGCCCAAGGACAACAGCAGCAAGGGCACUUGAAAGUGCCCGGUCAGAACGGGGCCCAGCAGCCAAACCAGGCCGCAUCCACCGAGCCCGAGAAGGAGCCUCUCAAGAAACCAUGGGAAUACUCAGACGAAAUCAUGUCUGGACUCAAGACAGCUUUCCCGUUGCUCGCUUUGUCUAUGGAAACGAUGGUCGACCAGAUCCACAAGAAUUUCAAGUGCCCGCCCGACGAGGAUGCCUACCGUCUUAUUGUCGCUCUGUUGAACGACGGACUGGCCUACGUUGGACGCAUGCCUGGGUCGUACGCGCAGGAUUUUAAGCUGCCUGCUGCAACUGAAGCCAAUAUCACCCGCUUCGCAGAGACUAUCCUUCCAGCGCAUAUCCGCAAGUCCUUCGAGGCAGACUUUGUCACCAAGAAGCCGACGAUGUACGAAUACAUCCAGAAGUUGCGCCGGUGGCGAGACCGGUUUGAGGAGAAGCUCGACCGGCGACCACAGUCUGGAUUCCUCGAGAGCUACUCGCCGCACCUCAGUGAAUUCCGUUUCCUCAAGUUCGAUGAGGUUGAGGUGCCUGGGCAAUACCUUCUGCACAAGGACAAGAACCAGGACUUUGUCCGCAUCGACCGUUUCCUUCCUGAUGUGGACCUGGUACGGGGCAUUGGUGUCUGCCACCGCCGCCUUAAGAUUCGUGGACACGAUGGUAGUAUUCAUGCUUUCGCUGUUCAACAUCCCGCUGCACGACACUGCCGGCGCGAGGAGCGCAUCCUUCAGCUGUUCCGGAUCUUCAAUGGACUGUUGGCGAAACGCAAGGAGAGCCGACGCCGGAACUUGUACUUCCAUCUGCCUUUGAUGGUGCCAUUGGCGCCGCACAUCCGCUUGGUGCGGGACGAUUCGUCGUAUAUCUCGAUGCAAGGCAUUUACGAGGACUACUGCCGACGGGUGGGUGUCAACAAGGAUGAGCCGGUGCUUUUCACGAUGGACCGCAUGCGUUCGCUUGCCGAAACGAAGCAGAAUCGCACGCCCGACCAGCAGCAAGUUCUUCGCACCGAGAUCCUAACGGCUAUUCAAGACAAAUGGAUCCCCAGUACUGUGGUUUUGGAAUACUUCCAGCAGACGUACCCCAACUUCGCGGACUUCUGGCUUUUCCGUCGCCAGUUUGCCUACCAGUACGCGGCUGUGGCCUUCAUGACUUACGUUAUGCACAUUGGCAACCGCUACCCGAACAAGAUCCUGGUCUCUCGCUCAACUGGCGACAUCUGGGGCGCGGAGCUGAUCCCGACAAUCAACCCGGCCAAGGCAUUCUUCUACAACCCCGAACAGGUUCCCUUCCGGUUUACUCCCAAUAUCCAGACUCUGCUGGGGCCCAUAGCCACCGAGGGUGUGUUCGCCUGUGCCAUGAUGGCAAUCGCCCGCUGCCUGACGGAGCCACGCCACGAGCUGGAGCAGCAGCUCAGCGUCUUUGUUCGUGACGAGAUGAUGUUCUGGGCGACUGCGCAGCAUCGUGGGGUCUUGCCGGUCCCGCAGUUGCGCGACCUGGUCUACAACAACAGCGAGAUAAUUGUCAAUCGUGCCGUCAGCCUCGCCAGCCCGCCGGAGGGCAACCUGCCCGCCAACCAAACCACCAUUGAUUUGGUCUCGCGUGCAGUCAACCCCCAACACCUGGCCUCGUGUGAUGCGUUGUGGAUGCCGUAUCUCUGA